AUGGAUCACAAUUGCGUGAGCAUAACCAUCAAGGAUGAUGAAAUUCGGGAGCAGCAAAGGGCCAGAUUGAAAGCACUAGAGUCGAUAAACAAACCACACUGCCAAGCAGAACUCAAAUGCCAUAUGAAUCCGCUGCUGCAUGCCGCUGCAAAAGAAGGCGACGUCAACAAGUUCAUCAAAGCCCUUGAAAGGUAUUCCGCCGAAGAGAGGGUUUCUCUGUCUCGCAUUAUCAACAUGCAGGGUCCUUCUGGGAACUCAUUACUCCACAUCGUAGCGGGAAUUGAGAAGGCUGACAUCCUUCGAGUCCUCCUCGAGGUCAUCUGGGACAAGCGGCUCAUCACCAAGGUGAACAACCAAGGGGACACGGCACUCCACAUCACGGCAAGAGCUGGCAGGAUGUGGACGGCUGAGCUCCUCCUCAGCUGUGGCAGUAUUUUGGACAUGGCAAAUGAUGCAGGGAACACGGCGUUGCACGAGGCUGUGAAGAACCGUCACUACGAGUUGACCAAUCUGCUCCUGAGUCGAGGCUCAAGAUCGGUGAAUAAGAAGAAUAAGGAGAGCAAAUGCCCACUGUACUUGGCAGUCGAGAUGGGCGACCUGAAGCUUCUCGUGCGCUUGGUUGAAGCAAUGGAUGUGAAAAAAGUCCCUCGGCCUAUGAUACAAGGCAUGUCGCCGGUUCACGGUGCCGUGAUGCACCAAAGAUUAGAUAUGCUGAAAGAGAUGUUAAUGCGGAAGAAAGAGCUAUUCAAUUUAAGAGAUGCUCGAGGUGGGACUCCCCUCCAUCGAGCAGCAUCCGAGAAUUAUGUAGAUGGGGUCAAAUUCUUGGUUAAAGAGUUUGCUUCCAGCGCCUUUGAGGGCGACGAAGAGGGCUAUUUUCCAAUCCACAUCGCAUGUAAGAUGGGUCAUCUCGACACUAUCAAGGAGCUACUUCGACAUUGGCCAGAUCCAGAAGAGUUGCUAAAUCUUAAGGAAGGGCAAAAUAUACUUCACAUUGCAGCAAAGUACGGAAGGGCCUCCACUGUAGAAUGCAUACUCGGUGAUCCUAAGCUUGAGAAGCUUAUAAAUGCGAAAGACAAGGAAGGAAACACGCCUCUACAUGUGGCCACAUUGCAAUGGCAACCCAAGGUUCUAUUCUAUCUCACUCGGGACAAAAGAGUUGAUCUUAAACUGGUAAACAACAAAAACUCAACGGCUCAAGACAUUGUAGACGAGAAACUGCAAACCAUCGAUGCUCCAUUUCGCAAGAUCUGGACACGAAUAGUCUUAGCAUCUGCUAAAGCACCCAGAGGCAAAGACAAAGCAAUUUGUCGGUCAACAGGCUUAGGCCCAUGGAGACGUUUGAAGCCUUCGAAUUUGGAUAGACUAAAGAACCAGGCCAACACUCGUAUGGUCGUGGCAACACUCGUUGCCGCCAUGACAUUUGCUGCUGGCUUUUCUGUACCUGGAGUAUAUAAUAGUUCUGAACCAAAUGCAGGAAUCGCUACACUGUUGAACAAAUCUAUGUACGACAUUUUCGUGAUUUGCAACACCGUUGCCUUGUACAGCUCGAUAAUUUCAGUUGUGAUACUUCUUUGGACGCAAAUCAAUGAUUCGCAUGCGGUGCAUCAUGCCCUCAGAAGUGCAAGGUUACCGCUGCUCAUAGCUCUUGCGACAAUGUCCGUGGCCUUCAUGACGGGGUUUACGUGA